AUGGCUUCCAAACUCCUGCGUGCGGUCAUCCUUGGGCCGCCGGGCUCGGGCAAGGGCACCGUGUGCCAGAGGAUAGCCCAGAACUUUGGCCUUCAGCAUCUCUCCAGCGGCCACUUCUUGCGGGAGAACAUCAAGGCCAACACGGAAGUUGGUGAUAUGGCAAAGCAAUACAUAGAGAAAGGCCUUUUGGUUCCCGAUCAUGUGAUCACACGCCUCAUGCUGCUGGAGUUGGAGAACAGGCGCGGCGAGCACUGGCUACUCGAUGGUUUUCCUCGAACAUUAGUUCAGGCUGAAGCCUUGGACAGAAUAUGUGACCUGGAUCUAGUGAUCACUUUGAACAUUCCAUUUGAAACGCUCAAAGAUCGUCUCAGCCGACGUUGGAUUCACCCUCCCAGUGGAAGGGUAUAUAACCUGGACUUCAACCCACCUCAUGUACAUGGGAUUGAUGACGUCACUGGUGAACCAUUGGUCCAGCAGGAGGAUGACAAACCUGAAGCAGUUGCUGCCAGACUAAGACAGUACAAGGAUGUGGCAAAACCAGUCAUCGAAUUAUACAAGAGCCGAGGAGUGCUCCAUCAGUUUUCGGGAACCGAGACUAACAAAAUCUGGCCCUAUGUUUACACGCUUUUCUCGAACAAGAUCACACCUGUUCAGUCCAAAGAAGCCUACUGAGCCUGCGCAGUGGAAGAACCAGGAAGAUAUGGUCAUUCGUUCAACUGUGUGUGUAGUGUUGGUGCCAUGCCCCAGUUAGCAGCUAGCUGAGAUAGCUUGCAGUGUCUUUUCUAGUUUUAAUGGUGAACAGACAUGAAAACUAAUGAAUAGAGUGAGUUAAUGACGAGGCUCUUCUCUGCCUUUCUAAAAGAGGGGCCACCUACACGUGUUUAAGAUGUCCCUGCACAUGUCUCAAGUUCUCUAUAAGAAAGGAAGCAACACAGGCUGGAUUCCAAGCGGUGUAUCACCCAAGCUCUAGUUGAUUUUCCAUGGCCAGGUUGUUGCCAUAAUAGCUUUUCCACACGUGACGGUGGUGCUCCCUGGCUCUCCCCAGCCCCUAAAGGCUGUUGAAACAUAGCACCAGGAGGCCUGAGAAUGCCAGGGGCUAAGCUGCCUCUGUCCCUGGCUCUCUGGCAUGUGCCUUCCUGGUGACAGUGGGAUUGAAACAGUAGCUCUCAGUGAUUGCUUCUCUGGCCUUGAGUGACUGCCCGCAGUUCAUUUUCUUUCCGUUAGGAAUGCCGCCUUCUCUGCAUCCGUACUCCACUGAGUCUCUUCUUCAGACAUCCUAGAAUGGAAGGACUUGGCUUCUACUGCUUUCAUUAGACAUCUGUUUUCUCCCUCCCUAGACUAUUAAGUAAUAUUGUUCCUGCUUUUAUCCCUCUCAAAUUCCUGUCUGAGAGCUGGGGGACAACGUUCAGUCUCUUUAUGCACCAGGAACUGAACUGUGUGGAGGACCUACUUAAACUGUUGGUCUGACUCUCAUGAGUUGACACCGCUCCUUUCUUUUAUUGUGGCAAAAUAAAACCCUAUGAGUCUUUGGGGAACUCUCAAAAACUGGGAAAUAUUCACCUGCAUAAAUGUUAAAAGAUUGUACCUUAUGUAGAGAAGUAAAUGAGACCAUAUGGAAUUACUGGACUGAAAGAAUAGUUUAGCCUAUAGUGAAGACAAAAAAUAUAUAUAUUUUGAAAUGCUGCUAAAUAUUGAUGCUGACAGUGUUUUUCUCAUGUGAGUGACCCAAACAUAUUAUAAAUAGUUGGUAAAGGGAAUGGAGCCUGUGGGGUCAAGGAAAAUGUUGCACUAGCUGUGCCUAGACUCAUAAUGACAGCUUUAUGAUUAUGGGAUUUGAUAAAAUUGUAAUUUUUUAUUCUAUUCCAAAGAUGCUUUCUAUAGGAUGGCCAUGAAGUCUAGAAAUAUAGAUCACACUAUUUUGUCAUUCAUUAGAAUGUAGUAUCAAUAAAUGAUUUAUUAAGGAUUUGCCUGGUUUCCAGACUUGGUGGCCACUAAUGCUCGCCCUCCUCUGGGAAAGACAAUGAAAGUUGCCUUAAAAAUAGAUAUUCCUCUUCAUGCAUCGUGCUUGUACCAGCGAGGGUCCUUUACUAUUUCCAGGAGUGACUUCUGUCUAACUCCUGAUACUGCUGAGAAAACAAAAGCCUUUCAGCAUAGGUGAUGUUGGAACACAUUAUUUAUUUUCUGAAGAUGUCACAAUGAAUUUCCAGUCAUUCACUGACCCAUGGAUUCUGUAUGGUAGCCAAGCAUCUUCUCUACAAACACUACCCCAACUCUGGCCAGUCCCUCUUACUUUGUCCCUUCAUGUGAAUGUUCUUUGGCUACCUUAGUGGAAACACAGACCAGUUUCCUCCUCAUCCUCUGAAUCCAAGUGAAGUAAGAUUAUUUACUUUCUAGGUUUAUGCAGUUAAAAUGCCCAGUUCAGAUUUGUGAAAUAUCAGUGCAUGAUAGUGACUUUUGAGAAGAGUUGUGUUUGAAUGCCAGUUGAUGGGGAUAGGGUGAAAAUUAGACAUGCAGAUACAGCUCAGGUUUCCAGGGGAACCAGGCAUAGAGAAAAACAAGUCUUAUUUGAGGAAAAUUGCACAAUUUAGAGUAGUUUUGCCAUGGAGACAAUUUCCAUAAAGUAGGAAAAGUAGAAAGUUAAGGUUAUUAUCGGGAUCAUUCAGGAGAGGAAAGUGUGUGCUUUUUUGGAAGCAGAAAAAUCUUCAAAACUUUCCUCCCUUCUGUUGAUGUUUAUCAGAUGCUCCAGUGUAAUCAUGGGCUUUGGAGUUUUGGGGAAGAGGUAGGGGAAAUAGCCUAGGUGAUCCCUGACUCAAUACUCUGCUCCUUCAUCCUUCCCUCCCUUCUCCCUUCCAGCAAAAUAGACACUUAAAGCCAGUGUCAGUCGCUCAAUGCAUCUCAAUAGUGUGUGCUAUUUCUGAGGUUGCCCUGCAGUAGAGCGCAGUCACCUUUGCUAGGUGAGACCAUAAUGAAAGCCAAACACUGUUUCCACGGGCUUUUGAAAGAUGAUGCUUGUUUGAUGAUGUUCGAUAACCUAAAAAAAAAGUUUCUGGUUUUCUUCAACAAAGUCUAGCUUUUCCUUCAAUGAUUUUGCACUAAAAUAAAUAAAAUUUUCUUGAAAAUAUUUUGACCAAGAUAAAAUUAAAGAGAUCUGUUUAGUUUUCCUUCUACUGCCACACGUGAGGUUCCAUCAAAGCUAGGCACAAAGAGUAGUUUGGGUGGUUUCUAAAAUUCCUACAUAUCCCUUCCUGCUCUGAUUCUAGCCAGCUCUGCUUUCAUUUUGCUUUCUCUUAUCCCCACCAGCUUCCUGCUUAUUUAGAACUUGAAAACACUGCUGUGUUUCAUAUGCUCUAACACUAAAGCAAGCAUAUAAUAGGUACCAUGUAUUGAAGGCCUGCUCAGUGUCAUGUGUGUAUAGUUUUAGGACAUUUGCAAACAUCUCAUUUAAUCUUGCCAGUGUCCUUUGAGACAGG